AUGACUCAAAAUAUACUUUACUUUUUCUUUCAUCUAUAAAAUAUCUCAUUGUUUCUCUUAUAGUUUUCAUGUUUCCUCUUUCUAGGGCUUGAAGUUUUGUUUCAUUUCAAGUUGAAGUAUUAAACUUUCUAAUGUUUUCACAAAUAUGGUUGUAUUAGGGUACUGACCCAGAAAAGAAGAAUCAUCAUAAGGUACCAAAGAAGAGAAGGAAAAAACAAGAAAAGUGAAGAAAGAGGUAAAUAUUGUUCAAAAAUAGAAAAAAAAAACUAUAUAUAAUUGAAAAAAAAAUGGGAAGAGGAAGAGUUGAGUUGAAGAGGAUAGAGAACAAGAUAAACAGACAAGUUACAUUUGCUAAGAGAAGAAAUGGUCUUCUUAAGAAAGCUUAUGAACUUUCUGUUCUUUGUGAUGCUGAGGUUGCUCUUAUCAUCUUCUCCACUCGUGGAAAGCUUUAUGAAUUUUGUAGCACAUCUAACAUGCUCAAAACCCUUGAUAGGUACCAGAAGUGCAGUUAUGGUGCUGUAGAAGUUAGCAAACCUGCUAAAGAACUUGAGAGCAGUUACCGUGAAUACUUGAAGCUGAAACAAAGAUUUGAAAAUCUUCAAAGAGCACAGAGAAAUCUUUUAGGUGAAGAUUUGGGUCCACUAAGUUCUAAGGAUCUUGAGCAGCUUGAAAGGCAAUUGGAUUCAUCUCUCAAGCAAGUGAGAUCAACAAAGACACAAUUCAUGCUGGACCAAUUAGCUGAUCUUCAAAAUAAGGAACAUAUGUUGGUUGAAGCAAACAGAUCCUUGUCAAUCAAGUUGGAGGAAAUCAAUUCUAGAAAUCACUACAGGCAAUCAUGGGAAGCCAGUGAUCAAAGCAUGCAAUAUGAGGCUCAGCAGAAUGCUCACUCUCAGAGUUUCUUCCAGCAGCUGGAAUGCAAUCCUACAUUGCAGAUUGGUUCUGAUUAUAGGUACAACAAUGUAGCUUCAGAUCAGAUAGCUUCAACAAGUCAAGCUCAACAACAAGUGAAUGGAUUUGUUCCUGGAUGGAUGCUAUAAUUGAGCUAGACUUAAUAUAUAUUUAGCUUGCUACACAAAAGGGAAAAGCCAAUUAAUGGUGCUUUUUCAAGCUAGCAUGGCAAUGUGUAAAUGAUUAUGAUGAUAAUGAUGCUACUUUGCUUCUUCUAUUGUUUUUUAUUUUGAGGUAUAAAAACAGCUAUAUGACUUUAAGCUGCUAAACUUUUUGCCAUAGACAUAUAUGGCAUGCAAGAAAUUUAUAAUAUUGAGCAUCUUUGAUUGAAUUAA